UGUUCGUCUCAUCGAAACGUGUCUCCUCAGCAAAGACACACACAUACUAACGUGAUAGAAACGGUUUCUCUUGUUUUUGAAAGUUUCGUUUCUGUUGCCUUGAGAUUGUUUUGAUUUUAUACUAUGUAUAUUAAAGAAUUUCGCGUGUAAAACGCAGUAUUUAUUGGCCAUUUCUACUGAAGACUGUCCGCUCCUCCUACCCUCGAUGAAGCGCUGCGAUGCCCUCUGAUUUUAUAUCCCUCCUUAGCUCGGAUAUCGACCUCAAUUCCCCCAAAUCGCUAUACUCUAAAGAGUCGGUAUAUGACCUCCUCCCCAAAGAGCUCCAGCUCCAGCCGUCGUCCACCCAGACUGACCCACCCGCCAUGAGCCAGAAGAGUGGGGGAGAGGCGGGACCUCCCCCUUCUGCAGCCCUGGCUUCAGUUCACUGCUCCAUAGAUGCCACCUCUUCCACCUCGAGCCCUUCUGCCUCCUCUUCAGUAUCCAUGGGAGCUCCAUCCAGCGGCCCCUCUACCUCGUCCUCAGACCAUCUCACGGUUGCCCAGCAUCUCCACCCCACAGGAGGGGAUGGAGCUGGAGCUUCAGAGAUACAAGGUAUGGAGGCUGCCGGAUCUGCCCCCAGCAGAGGCAACAGCGGAGGGAGCGCGGCCCCGGCGGACGGAGGGUCAGCAGCGCUGUCGGGGCUAGGUGUGCAGCAGCCUCAGAACACCCCAUCCAAACGAAGGCCGGUGCUUAGCAUAUCUCCACCUCCCGAGGACCUGUUCGACGACAGCCAGAUGUCCUGUCAAGACGAGCCGGCGGUGUCCGGGGCGCCAGGCGCGGACUCGGAGCACAGCAGCAGCAUGUGGGCAGACGACUCCGUCUCAAACUUCAGCUUAAUCAGCUCCAUAUCCUACAACGACAACACAGAGGUGCCACGCAAGUCUCGAAAGCGCACCCCACGCCAGCGUCCCGGCCCCAAGGCAGCUCCUCCAGAAGACAGCAUGGAUGUGUUUGACGCUGACAGUGCCAAGGGUCCUCAUUUUGUCCUGUCCCAGCUGGGCACCGACAAGACCGGUCCCAUGGCCAGCUCUCUCGAGUCAGGGACUGCUGUGAGAGGUGGGUCAUUGUCUGCUCAGUUCCCCCAGAGGAGCGACGGAAAGGAGCUGAAGAUCCUGGUGCAGCCAGAAACCCAACACAGAGCCCGCUAUCUAACCGAGGGCAGCAGAGGUUCUGUUAAGGAUCGGACCCAACAGGGAUUCCCUACUGUCAAGUUGGAAGGUAUUAGUGAAGCAGUUAUGCUGCAGGUGUUUGUAGCAAAUGAUGCAGGCCGAGUGAAGCCCCAUGGAUUCUACCAGGCGUGCAGAGUGACGGGACGCAACACCACUGCCUGCAAGGAGGUGGACAUAGAGGGCACCACGGUUAUAGAGAUCCCUCUGGAGCCGAGCAACGACAUGAUACUCGCGGUGGACUGUGUGGGAAUUUUGAAGCUGCGUAAUGCAGAUGUUGAAGCCCGUAUUGGUGUGGCCGGAUCCAAGAAGAAGAGUACACGUGCUAGGCUGGCCUUCAGGGUCAACAUCCCCCAACCCGACGGAUCCAUGCUUACUCUGCAGGUCCCCUCCUCACCCAUCCUCUGCACCCAGCCAGCCGGGGUGCCCGAAAUCCUGAAGAAAAGCCUCCACGGCUGCUCGGUGAGGGGAGGAGAGGAGGUCUUUAUCAUCGGAAAGAACUUCCUCAAAGGAACCAAAGUUGUUUUUCAGGAGAACAUUGCAGAUGAUAGUUCCUGGCAAGCUGAGGCAAAGAUUGACAUGGACCUUUUCCAUCAGAAUCAUUUGAUUGUGACAGUCCCUCCAUUCCACAACCAGUCAAUCACCUCUCCUGUGUCUGUGGGAAUUUUUGUGAUGACCAAUGCUGGUAGAUCACAUGAUGCCCAGACCUUCACCUAUACUCCUGACACAGCGGAUAAUUCAAAUAUCCAGACAGUCAAAACAGAAGGACCAUCCCUGGUCAAGACCUGUAUAUUUGAUGAACAGAUCAAAUCCAUGUCCUCUGAGCAAAACGACUGCUCAGACCAACCAUCCAAACGGCAAGAGGACACGCCUAUGGAGGUGUCGAGUAAUCCACAACCCGCAGAUGUCUUCAAAACGUCCCCUGACCCUCUCAUUUCGGUGCAGCAGACCCUGGACCUUAGCUCAAGUCCACAUCCUGGUGGGGACUCCUUUCAGAGCCCAAUGCCCUUACAGCCUGAAGAUGUGGAGCUUCCCCAGGCUCCCCCUGUGUUCCCUAGCCUCGAGUCUCUCAGCACGAUACAAAAGCAAGACAUGUCCUCCCCGACCUCCUUUCCGGUUUCCGGAGACACAACAAUUCCCCCAGUCACCCCAGAGGUCCCUCAGCAGUUCCUCAGAGACCCUCAGGAAAGCCUGUCUCCUGAAAGCUCUGACAAUACAGGAAGGCUCGUGGUCGUGGCCAUGCCUCAGAUCGCAGCUCCUUCUCCACCCCAGCCACAACAGUCCCAGGUAACCCUGUUUCCCCAGGAGGGUGUGGCCCAACUGGAGAGGGCGGUGAGAGAGCUCCAGGCCGGAGGUAACACCACCCUCCAGCAGGUGCUGGAGGCGGCUGUGGCCCAGCAGCAGCUCAACUCUGUGCUCUACAGCCCCACCCCGUCUGCGGACUCCCUACAGCAGCACGUCCAGGAGAACAUGAACAGCCUGAGGUUGGGAACCGCGGACAGUUCGCUGUCGGCGCAGCAGCAGCUGCAGAUCCAACAGCAGCAGCAGCAGCAGCAGAUGGAGCAGCAGUUCCAGCAGCAUCAGCAGCUGCAGCAGCAGCAGCAGCAGAUCCUGGAGAACCUCCAGCAGCAGCAGCAGCAGCAACAGGUCCUCAACAACAUCCAGAUCCAACAGCAGCUCAUCCUACAGCCACAAGACCAACAGCAACUACAGCAGCAGCAAAUCAUGGAGAACCUUCAGCAGCAGCAACAGCAGCUCCAGCAAAAUCAGCAAGUGCUCAGUAACAUCCGGCUGCAGGAUCAACAGCAGCAGAAUCAAAUUCUGACCAACUUACAGCAACACCAGCUGCAGCAGCAGCAGCAGCAACAGCAGCAAAACCAGGCGCUCAGCAACCUGCAACAGCAACAACUGCAAGAGCAGCAGGUCCUGGAGAAUCUGCAGCAACGCCUGCAGGCCGAGCUGCUCCAGCCCCAGAUCCACUCGGCCCCCCAGGCCCAGCCGCCGGUCACCCUCCUGCAGCAGGCCGGGGAGCUGCUGACCAUCCAGACCAGCUUCCCCACGCAGCCUCCGUCCCACACCUCCCCCCCACAGCAGCUCUUCCAGUCCCCGACGCCACUGGCCGAGACCCAGAGCUCCCAGCAGCAGGUCCAGGCGGCCCUGCUCCAGAACACGCUGACCGUCCUGACCAGCAGCGGUCUGGGGUCGGAUCAGCAGUCCACCGGGUCGGCCCUGUAUCUGUCCCCCAACCCUCAGCCCCCGCCGCCCCAGCAGCAGCAGCAGCAGCUGGCAUUCAUCUCCUCCAUGGAGACGUCGUCCAACCAGCCCCAGUCCGUUUCCAUGUUCCAGAACCAGCCCCCCGGUCAGCUCUCCCAGAUGCAGCAGCAAAGCACCCCCAUGGAGCAGCAGCAGUCCCCCCAGCAGAGCCAGCAGCAGCCGCCCCAGAUCCCCAUGGCCCAGCAGGGGUCCUUGUUCCAAGCUAUCCCCAACCAUUCACAGGGGAACCCCGUUCCCCAGACCCAAAUCUCCCAAACCCAACAAACGGGCCUGCUUCUCUGCACCACCGACCUGAACCCGCAAGCUAUUCUGUUCAGCACGCAGGGCCAAGGCAACCCACCCAUCGCAGCCAUCGGCGUUGGAAUCUCUCCGGCAGACCCGGCAGAGCCCAUGUCCUUCCAAGAUCAGAGCUCCUCGGGAGGCAACUCGGCGCCCCCCGAGAGCCGACAGCAAAGCCUCUUCCAGGAGCAGCAGCCAAUGCAAGUGACCCCCAGCUCCGGCCAGGUCCCAGGAGCUCAGCCCGUGAAGCUGUUCAUCCCACAGACCUCUCUGUCCAGCCUGCAGGGCACCGUGGGCUCCCAGGAGCUCAGCAACCAGGCGCCAGCCCCGGCUGCUACCAUCUUUGUGGUCCAGGGGGGUGUGGGUGUGGUUGCCAGCCCUGGUCAGCAGCCCCCGGAGCAGCUUUUCCAGACAACCGUGGGGGGGAAUGUGGCUCCACAGGGGCAGGCCAACCUCUUCGUCUUUGGUAUCCAGAACGACUCAUCCCAGCUGCUCAGCUCGUCCGGCCCCCCUCUGCCAGCCCAGAGCCAGGCCCAGGGCUCGGGACACCUGCAGCCCCUGCUGGAUCAGCCCUCCACCAUGCACAGCAACCUCCAGAACAGCCUUCAGGCCCAAAUGCAGAGCAGCCUGGAGAACGCCAUGCAGUCCAACCCCACAGCCGGCCUGCAGGCCUCCAUCGAACCCAACCUGCCCAUGCAGAGCGGCCUGCAGAUGCAGAGCAGCCUGCAGAGUCAGCUGCAGGCCUCCAUAUCUGCCUCCUCCAGCAUGGAUAAGAUCGAGGACCUUCUGGAAAGCCUGCAGAAGCAGUGAGAAACGUCUGGACCAUGUUGGCUCUGAGGAGAGUGAGUGAUCUGUUGCUGAAAGUUGCCCUCCCCGAAAUCAACUGAUGGGUGGCGUGUUGGUUUUUUGCACCGACGCCAAAAAACUUAGAAGGUCUCAAUUAUUUAAGAAUGACACGCUCUUUUACUGAAACUCCAAAUUAUGAGCUCAUCAGGCAAUGUUUUGUAAGAUAUUGAUCAUGAAUUCAUUCUAACUUCCACCCUUUGUUCCUGAAGUGACGAGCCCCCCUUUGUUAUCAACCUCUUGCAGGAUCAGAGAGGCCCUGAAUAACUGCUUUAUCCGUUGCUCUCCUAAAUGCAGUGUUUUGUUGUUAGCGUUUUUAAUAAAGUGGGCCGGUGUGAGGAUGACAGUGAAAACCUACCAGCUCUUGUGGAGAAACUGGAAAGGGAUGAAGAAUGUCAGCAGCAGGGAAGCCGAUGCAGUGUAGUUUCUAAGAGCGGACCGAGUAGAUGAAGCAGCCGCUUAGUGAGUGAAGAUGGCAUUGCACAGGAGUGUAGAUAGAGGCUGAAUCUCAUUUUGGGGGUGUGUAAACGGGAGGCUUUCGCUCCAGCUUUAAGGCCGAGGCUGCGAGUGGCAGAAUGCGGAGUGAGCGUUUAAGGCGGAGAUGACCUGGCAUCGGAGUUUCUUUUGCCAUGGAAACGAUUCCCAUUUUUGCAACUAAUCAAACCUUGCGUUUGCAUGUCAACAGCUUCAGUAGAAUCUACUCUAAGAGUACAGAUGACUAAAAUAUACAAUUCUUUGUAGAAGAAUGUAGGCGUGUUUUGUGGAAUAUCUGCCGGUGUGGAUGGAGUCUGCCAUGCAGUCUUCCUCAGAGGGAGGCUGGCUAAAUGAUGCCUGUGGGCUCCAUUCCACCCAAAUGAAAUGCAAACAGCCUGUGGUUGCUGAAUGAAGUGGGGGGGGGG